AUAGGAAAGCUAGCACCUGUUGUAUUUUCCUCCUGUGACAGACAUCUUUUGGCAGCUGCUCAUAACAGCAUUGAAGUGGGAGCCGUGUUUGCUGUCCUCAAAGCAAUUCUCAUGCUAGGAGAUGCUGCACUUGGCAUUAAUAUUAACUCUUCUAAGCACAAUAAAGUCCCAGAAAGUGACGGGAUUGUAAAUACAGAAACAUCCAUGCAAUCCGUUGGAAAACCAUUCACAACCGAGACCGCAAGUUUAAGCGAAUAUGCAAAAUAUGUUCUAAGGACAAUUUGCCAACAGGAGUGGGUUGGAGAUCACUGCUUGAAGGAACCAGAGAGGCUGUGCACAGAUAAAGAUCUCAUUUUAGAUCCUGUUCUUUCUAAUAAGCAAGCAAGCAAACUACUACAAUUAAUAUGUUAUCCUCAUGAGAUAAGAGAGACACUAGAAGGAGACAACAUUCAGCAGCUUCACAUCAAGAGAAUCCUACAGAAUCUUGAGCAGUGGACACUCAGGCAGUCAUGGUUGGAGAUCCAGCUGAUGAUCAAGCAAUGCAUGAAGGAACCUGCAUCUAAUUCAGUGAAUGAGAUGAAUACACUUUUGGAUAAUAUUGCAAAAGCAACAAUAGAAGUGUUCCAACAAUCUGCUGAGCUAAACAGCACUUUGAAUAAUCCGGGCAAUGGUCUCUUUAGUGCGAACUGUGCAGGACAUGCUGAGACUAACAACACAAGGCACAACAUGAAAUCUGCCAUCCUCAGCGCAUCUGAACGGAGAGGUGUCUGGCUUGUGGCACCUCUGAUUGCUAAAUUGCCCACUUCGGUUCAAGGCAGAGUAUUAAAGGCAGCUGGAGAAGAACUUGAGAAAGGACAACAUUUGGGCUCAUCCUCCAAAAAAGAACGGGACAGGCAAAAGCAAAAAAGCAUGUCCCUGCUGAGUCAGCACCCAUUCCUAUCACUGGUACUCACCUGUUUAAAGGGACAGGAUGAGCAGCGAGAAGGCCUCCUCACGUCACUGCAAAAUCAGCUGAAUCAGAUCCUGAGUAACUGGAGAGAGGAGAAAUACCAAGAUGAUGUGAAAGCUCGCCAGAUGAUGCAUGAGGCUCUUCAAUUACGUCUGAAUUUGGUUGGAGGAAUGUUUGACACAGUACAGAGAAGCACACAGUGGACUGCAGACUGGGCUGUUUUACUUCUUCAGAUAAUCACAUCAGGCACAGUUGACUUGCAAACAAAUAACACAGAGAAAUUUGACAUGUUUUUCCUUGGCAGUGAAUUAUUCACAACUGUUCUUGAUAUGCUGGGUGUCCUAAUAAAUGGAACCCUUGCCUCUGAUCUUUCCAACGUGUCUCAAGGAAGUUCAGAAGAAAACAAAAGGGCUUACAUGAACCUAGUGAAGAAACUAAAGAAAGAACUAGGUGAUAAGCGAUCAGAGAGUAUUGAUAAAGUCCGCCAGCUUCUGCCAUUGCCAAAACAGACUUGUGAUGUUAUUACUUGUGAGCCCAUGGGAUCUCUAAUUGACACAAAAGGAAACAAAAUUGCAGGGUUUGACUCUAUUGAUAAGAAACAGGGCCUUCAGGUUUCAACUAAACAAAAGGUGUCUCCUUGGGACCUAUUGGAAGGUCUCAAGAACCCAGCUCCCCUCUCAUGGGCCUGGUUUGGCACUGUUCGUGUGGAUAGAAAAGUAAUCAAAUAUGAGGAACAACAUCACCUUCUUCUCAACCACACACAUCCAAAGCCAAAACCCCCUAGUUAUUACUUGGAGCCCUUGCCACUUCCCCCAGAAGAGGAAGAUGAAGAAGAUGAACCCAGCACUUCGGUGUAUGCAGACCCAGAAGAAAAAACAACAGACUUAUCCGAUCCUGGCAAAUUGGUAACUGAUGAAGAGAAAAAGUCCAAAAGCAGAAAGCGCAAAACCAAGACCAACCCACGAACAGACGAAUAUACUCAGAAUACUGUAUAUCGAGUGCCGCCUAAUUAUUCUCCUUUAUCAUCUCAAAUGAUAAACCACAACCCUACUACUACCUGGAGUUACAACAUUGUGGGACAACAACAGCCAAACUUCUAUUUGCAGAAUCAAGUGCUCACAACAGGCGGCACCAGAUUGGAUCCAAUGGGCACAUUUGUUCCUUCAAAUACAAAACAAGCUUUGUCCAACAUGUUGCAGAAACGCUCAGGCACAGUGAUGCAGUCCCCUUCCUUACAUGCAAUCACCUCCCAGCAACAACUGCUACAGCUGAAACUAUUGCAGCAGCAACAGCAGCAGCAGCAAAGGCUCCUCAGACAACACAUCCAGGCCAGGACACUUCAGCAGGUAUGUGUGUGAGUUUAAGCACAACGUCUCAUAAUAUUAGCCUUUGCUGUAUUCAUCAUUUAGUGAUGUACGGUGGCCAGGCUGACCUCUACCAUGGAGAGGUCAGGCCACAUGUGGAUGAUAUGAGACAUGCCUUCUUAUGUUUGUGCUUUCUUUGUAAGUGACAAAUUACAGGCACAGCCGAGAAUGCCAAUCAUGUUUAUAAA